AUGGGCCCAGGCCCAGUACCCGAAUCUCUUCCAAAACAUAAAAGCGGUUCGAUCGUCUCUUUCAUUUGGGCCUCCAGACCGUUGGAAAAUUUUCAGAUCACCGUUCUCUCUCCGCUAAAAAAUCGUAGAGGGAAACGCCGUUCAGUCGUAGAGGCUGACGAGAGAGCGAAUUCCUCCGCCUUAGCUCGUCUUUACUCUGCCAUGGACUCACGCCACGCAUCUCUAGGCCGACGAACGUUGGAAGAUAUUCGCCAAAAGCGAGCUGCAGAAAAAUUGAGCAAAACUUCUUCGGGACCCGAUCUCAGCAAAGCCUCAAUCCCUAUCGGUUCGUCAUCUAUAUUUCGUUAA